ACUGAAGGGCUUUUCCCUAGCGAAUUUCUUAAUCUUGAAGCCGGCACGGAAAAUAAAAUCGCACCCAGCCCAACUUCCGGAGGACCAAGAUUGCGAAGAACAACCAGGAAGCGGCCUGACUGGGAGCUGUACCGGCUUCUCUGCUCCGCUCUCGAGGGAGCUUCCCGCGUCCCUACACCGUCUUUUCCUGCCCCGCGUAGCCCCAGUCCUGACCUAGGCUCCGGCCCGGCCCGGCCACUCCGGAGCCGCCAUGUCGUCCGACUUCGAAGGCUACGAGCAGGACUUCGCGGUGCUCACUGCAGAGAUCACCAAUAAGAUUGCGAGGGUCCCCCGACUCCCGCCUGAUGAGAAGAAGCAGGUGGUUGCAAAUGUGGAGAAACAGCUCGAAGAAGCAAAAGAACUGUUGGAACAGAUGGAUUUGGAAGUCCGAGAGAUACCACCCCAAAGUCGAGGAAUGUACAGCAACAGGAUGAGAAGCUACAAGCAAGAAAUGGGAAAACUUGAGACAGAUUUUAAAAGGUCACGGAUUGCCUACAGUGACGAAGUACGGAAUGAGCUCCUAGGGGAUGAUGGGAAUUCCUCAGAGAACCAGUUGAUAAAAUUACGUGAAGAGAGGGCACAUCUGCUCGAUAACACAGAGAGGCUGGAAAGGUCAUCUCGGAGACUAGAGGCUGGGUACCAAAUAGCAGUGGAAACCGAACAAAUUGGCCAGGAGAUGUUGGAAAACCUCAGUCAUGACAGAGAAAAGAUACAGAGAGCACGUGAAAGACUUCGGGAAACAGAUGCUAACUUGGGGAAAAGCUCCAGGGUUCUGACAGGGAUGUUGAGAAGAAUCAUCCAGAACCGCUUCCUGAUCGUCCUUCUGGCCAUCGUCCUGGUUAUCACCAUCCUGACAGCCAUCACUUUUUCUGUCAGAAGACACUGAUGUAUCUGCUGUUCCUUGAUAAACAGCGACCGUGGCUCGUUCUGAGUAAUUAAGACAAAAUGGUCAUAUGAAUCAUUCUCUCGCGCUGACGGGGCCUGAAUGGCCCUCCCUCUCUCUCACCGCUGCUCAGCUGAAGUGCAAAGAGUGUAAAAAUAUUUCCUAUUCCUGUUUGCAUGUGGGUUGGCUUCCUUUUCUAGGUUUGUCUUCACCCAGAUUUGUUUUUCAUAGGGGAAGGCGAAUGUUUAUUUGCCUUUUGGUAAUUUCAUCUACUGACCAAAAUAGCCUUGGUGACAUUCUCGCUUGCCCUGUGGACAUGUCAGGGGUCAUGGUUUGGGAGAGGGCAUGAUGAGGCAGUCACGGGGGCUUCUGAUGGGCUGUGCUGUUUGUCACACACCUCUUGUCACCGAUCAGCCCUUCUGUGAUGUCUGAGCAUGAAAAAUGCAGAGGCACGCAGCGGCCAGAGCCAGUGACCGGCCCAGCACACCAGCCCUGUUCCUCCCCAGGCAUAAUGAAUAUAGUGCACCUGCCUGAGAGCUUUCAUUGUAAAGGUGGGUAUUUAAUAGCAGUUGUGCAGGAAAUUGACUUAGCACUUUCCCUGUUUUUCUAUGCAUAUAUAUAUAUAUUUUUUUUUUUUUUUUUUUUUUUACCCAAGAAUAUUUUUUGCUGAGCCUGCCCAAUAUCCACUUUUCACAACUUUGAUUACUGGCUACAAGAAGGAUUUCCUUGCCUUCCAGAAAUCCCAUACUCCCCAGAAUCUGCUGGCAGAGAGAGCCCCGGCAUGGUAUUUAAUGGUGACCUCCUCUCCCCUGACCUGUGUAAGCAUCUCUGUAUCCUUUCCGUCUUAAUAUUUGCACUGCCAAAAGCAGCCCUCAUACAUGUAAAAGGUCUGACAGGGUUCUCUCCACAUCCAUUCCAGUAUGUAAAGAGAGCAUGAAUAUUUCAGGAAGAGCAAGAACCUGACUCCUUCAGUGAGAAAUUUCAAAUGUGAUUAUCAAUAUGGUAGAGUCCUAUAGGCUGAUCCACUGGAAAUAAACUUGAUGGAAAAUGUUCACUAACCUCCUUUAAAAGAAUAAGGGAUUGCAGCGCGUUACAAAAGGAUGGCUUGGGUUUUUUCACUAACAAAUGUGAGCACAGCCUUCCUGAAUUCACUAUGUAUUCAAACCUCUGCCAUGCUUUGUGAUUUUCUUGGGUUUCUUUCUGUCCGAGGUAACCGGGAAUUGCGUUUAAGAUGAGUUCAUUUAUGAUCAGGCUUCAAGGUGCCCAAGCUGAGGUCACUCUCCCGCUAGUCAUAAAGCAAAAUGUGUUUUUCUUAAGACUUCAUAGGCACUUACAGGGUCCUUUCUAUCUUUUGAGUAUAAUUGGAAGCUUUGAAUCCUUGAAAAGCAAACUUGUUCCCUUC